GUCAGCUCUAGGUCUGGCUGUUCCGUCCUCUUACUGAUUGUCAGCCCAUAGAAACAUUCAUCUGUCACUGGAAGCAUUCAUCAUGGCUGUGAACGGAUCUGCCGAGUCCCAGUGGUUGGCUCAACUGGCAGCCAUGCGCCAGGCCAUUGCGGACUUGAAGCUCCCCAAAGACCCCGCCAGAGACCAAAGCUACGGAAGCGACCUGGAUCUGGAUUUCGACGAAGACUACUCAUCUCCUGGAACUGCCGAUGAUGAUAUCUGGGAUAUCAUCAGCUCUGACGAUGAGUCCAGCGAGGGCCUUGACGACUUUGACGAUAUCCCCUCUCCUCCGAUAUCAUCUUCCUACGACCAGAUCUGGCUUGAGCAGAAGUGCGAAAGCCUCGCUGCCAGCAAGCCGGGCAUUAAAGCCGGAGAGCUAGCACAGCAAAUUAACGCUUCUCUUGCGACAGACAGCGGGGACGAUGAGUUGCAAAUGUCUCUGGCCGAAAUCGUGGGAUUCGACGAUCUCGACUUCGUAAUUGACCUGAUCGCCCACAGGCUGGAUAUUGUCGCGAGCUUGCGUACGGGCCCAGAGGCUCAGACAGAUGGCCUCAUGGCAGGAAAGCUACAGACAAGAGCGGAGAGAGAACAAGCCUUGCGGCAGGCGGAUUACGAACACAAGCAUGCAUCGUUGUUACCGGCACAGACCAGGCAGGAGCCGCAUUACCCUCAUGUGUUCAAGGCCUAUGAGUCUAGAAAUGUUCUCGCAUUUGGAGGGAAGGCAUACGGACUGCCCAUGGGUAGCAAGCAGAUCGAUGAAAAGAAGUACACCGAGGUUGAGGUUCCCGCCUCGAAGGUCGGCACCCUGAGACCUGGGCAUAAGCUUGUGGAGAUCGCAUCGCUAGAUGGACUGUGUCAAGGCACUUUCAAGGGUUACAAGACACUCAACCGCAUGCAAAGUCUACUGUAUGAGGUAGCCUACAAGACCAGUGAAAACAUGCUCAUCUGUGCCCCGACUGGUGCUGGUAAAACAGAUGCAGCUAUGCUGACGAUCUUGAACGCCAUUGGGAAGAACACUAUCCCGAACCCCAUUGAGCAACCAGAGGCUACAGAGUUUGCUGUACAGGUGGAUGAUUUCAAAAUCAUCUACGUCGCUCCAAUGAAGGCCCUCGCUGCUGAAGUUACCGAGAAGCUCGGGAAACGUCUCGCUUGGCUAGGGAUCAAAGUUCGAGAGCUCACUGGUGAUAUGCAACUGACGAAGCGUGAGAUUGUGGAAACCCAGGUCAUUGUCACCACCCCUGAAAAAUGGGAUGUGGUAACACGAAAGAGCACGGGAGAUACAGAGCUCGUGCAGAAGGUGCGUCUGUUGAUCAUUGAUGAGGUCCACAUGCUUCAUGACGAGCGUGGUGCCGUCAUUGAAUCAUUGGUGGCCCGUACCCAGCGUCAAGUCGAAAGCACACAAUCACUCAUUCGAAUUGUCGGUCUUUCUGCCACUCUUCCAAACUAUAUCGACGUUGCCGAUUUUCUCAAGGUGAACAAAAUGGCUGGGUUGUUUUUCUUUGACCAGUCUUUCCGCCCUGUUCCUCUUGAACAGCAUUUCAUUGGUGUCAAGGGAAAACCUGGCACCAAGCAGUCUCGCGAGAACAUCGAUGUCGUGUCUUUCGAGAAGGUCCGUGAUAUGCUUGAACGAGGACAUCAAGUCAUGGUUUUUGUCCACUCGCGGAAGGACACGGUUUUGACGGCUCGAAUGCUGCGACAGAUGGCUACAGAGGAUGGGUGUGAAAACCUAUUCAGCUGUCAGGAGCACGAAGGCUUUUCGAAUGGUCUUAGUGACGUGAAACGUAGCCGUGCCCGCGAGCUGCGCGAGCUCUACGCCAGUGGACUCGGAACUCACCAUGCUGGAAUGAGUCGAAGCGACCGUAACUUGAUGGAGCGCCUGUUCUCUGAGGGGCUCCUGAAGGUGCUCUGCUGUACUGCCACGCUUGCAUGGGGUGUCAACCUUCCUGCUGCAGCAGUCGUCAUCAAAGGUACACAGUUGUACAACCCGCAAGAGGGUAAAUUCGUCGAUUUAGGAAUCCUGGAUGUGCUGCAGAUCUUUGGUCGUGCCGGUCGUCCUCAAUUCCAGGAUACAGGUAUCGGUUUCAUCUGCACGACCCACGAUAAACUCCAUCAUUAUAUUUCUGCCGUAACGUCGCAGCAGCCGAUUGAAUCCCGGUUUUCGAGUCGCCUGGUGGACAAUUUGAAUGCCGAGAUUUCCCUUGGUACGGUCACUUCAGUUUCAGAGGCCGUGCAGUGGCUGGGAUAUUCCUAUCUCUUCGUUCGUAUGAAACGCGAGCCACGAAACUAUGGAAUUGAUUUCGCGGAGAUACGUGAUGAUCCCAUGUUGGUCCAGAGACGUCGUCAACUGAUCGUUCAAGCCGCUCUUGUUCUACAAAAGAGCCAAAUGAUCAUAUUCAACGAAAAGACGGAGGAAUUACGUGCGAAGGAUGUUGGCCGUAUUGCAAGCCAGUACUACGUUCUGCAAACCAGCGUAGAGAUUUUCAACAAUUUGAUGCGUCCUCGAGCGAGCGAGGCCGAUGUGUUGAGAAUGAUCAGUAUGAGUGGUGAAUUCGACAACAUCCAAGCCCGGGAGAGUGAGUCUAAAGAGUUAAACAGACUGCGUGAUGAGGUCAUUCAGACAGAGGUAGAGGGUGGUAAUGACUCCCCACAUGCCAAGACCAAUAUUCUCCUGCAGUCCUAUAUCUCUCGUGCUAGGAUUGAAGACUUUGCUCUGGUGUCGGAUACUGGGUACGUGGCGCAGAAUGCGGCUCGCAUCUGUCGCUCUCUGUUCAUGAUUGCAUUGAACCGGCGUUGGGGCUACCAGUGCCAGGUUCUGCUCUCCCUCUGCAAGGCCAUCGAGAAGCAGAUGUGGCCCUUUGACCAUCCAUUCCACCAGUUCGACCUUCCUCAACCCAUCCUCAGGAACUUGGAUGACAAGCUUCCGACAUCGUCCGUUGAGUCUAUGAAGGAUAUGGAAACAGCGGAGAUCGGACAAUUGGUCCAUAAUGCCCGGAUGGGGAAAACAUUGUCAAAGUUGUUGGACAACUUCCCUACUCUUGGUGUGGAGGCUGAAAUUGCGCCAUUGAACCGUGAUGUUCUGCGAAUUCGUCUGAGCCUCUAUCCAGAGUUUAGCUGGAAUGAUAGACAUCAUGGAGCUUCAGAAUCCUACUGGAUUUGGGUAGAGAACUCGGAGACUUCUGAAAUCUACCACCAUGAAUACUUCAUCCUCAGCAGGAAGAAACUUUAUGACGAACACGAGCUAAAUUUCACCAUUCCGCUCUCUGAUCCACUGCCGAGUCAGAUCUAUGUCCGCGCAAUAUCCGACCGCUGGCUGGGUGCAGAGACAGUGACGCCAGUGUCUUUCCAGCAUCUGAUUCGUCCAGACACGGAAAGUGUAUACACUGAUCUUCUCAAUCUUCAACCUCUUCCCAUCUCUGCACUAAAGAACCCGAUAUUGGAAGAGCUUUACGGGCAGCGCUUCCAAUUCUUCAAUCCGAUGCAGACACAGAUUUUCCAUCUACUCUAUCACACCCCGGCCAAUGUUCUGUUGGGUUCCCCAACGGGUAGUGGAAAGACUGUCGCCGCAGAACUGGCCAUGUGGUGGGCCUUCAGAGAAAGACCAGGCUCGAAAGUUGUGUACAUCGCGCCAAUGAAGGCCCUUGUCCGCGAACGAGUUCAGGACUGGAAGAAGCGUCUCACGGGGCCUAUGGGCCUAAGAUUGGUUGAAUUGACUGGUGAUAACACCCCCGAUACGCGAACGAUUCGGGACGCAGAUAUUAUCAUCACUACCCCUGAAAAGUGGGACGGUAUUUCCCGUAGUUGGCAGACUAGGGACUACGUGCGUAAGGUGAGCUUGGUCAUCAUUGACGAGAUUCACCUAUUGGGUGGCGACCGAGGACCUAUUCUUGAGAUCAUCGUGUCUCGAAUGAACUACAUUGCCUCGCAGUCCAAGGGAUCUGUUCGGCUGAUGGGUAUGUCAACUGCUUGUGCGAAUGCCAGUGAUUUGGCCAACUGGCUGGGCGUGAAAGAAGGGUUGUACAAUUUCAGGCAUUCCGUGCGUCCCGUGCCGCUUGAGAUCUACAUCGACGGAUUCCCUGAGCAGCGUGGGUUCUGCCCCCUGAUGCAGUCGAUGAACAGACCGACUUUCCUGGCAAUCAAGAACCAUUCUCCUGAUAAACCAGUGAUUGUCUUUGUUGCCUCCCGUCGGCAAACUCGUUUGACCGCGAAGGAUCUAAUCAACUACUGUGGAAUGGAGGAUAACCCUCGCAGAUUUGUUCGCAUGUCCGAGGAGGACCUGCAGCUGAACCUUGAGAGAGUGAAAGAUGAGGCGUUGCGCGAGGCACUCAGUUUCGGUAUUGGCCUGCACCAUGCCGGUCUUGUGGAGUCGGACAGACAACUAGCUGAGGAGCUUUUCGCAAACAACAAGAUUCAAAUCCUCGUGGCAACAAGCACCCUCGCCUGGGGUGUCAACCUUCCAGCACAUCUUGUCGUGGUGAAGGGAACACAGUUCUUUGAUGCUAAGAUCGAAGGUUAUAGGGAUAUGGACCUGACUGAUGUUCUGCAGAUGCUGGGUCGAGCAGGACGUCCUCAGUUUGACACGUCAGGUAUUGCGCGCAUUUUUACCCAAGAUGCAAAGAAGGCCUUCUACAAGCACUUCUUGCACACCGGGUUCCCGGUCGAAUCGACACUGCACAAAGUGCUCGACAACCAUUUGGGUGCCGAAGUUUCUGCAGGAACGAUCAACACAAAGCAAGAUGCUCUGGACUACUUGACCUGGACAUUCUUCUUCCGGCGACUGCACAAGAAUCCCUCCUACUACGGCCUGGAAAUUUCCGCCGAGGAGCACAACACCAUGGCUGCCCAGGCAAUUGCGCAGGAAUUCAUGAUUGAAUUGGUGGAUAAAUCAUUAGGCGAGCUAGCCGAGUCAUCCUGCAUCGUGCUCGACUCCGCAACUGGUGAGGUGGACCCGACACCUUUCGGCAAGAUCAUGAGUUACUACUAUCUGUCGCACAAGACGAUUCGAUACCUCAUGGCACACGCGAAGCCUAACCCCACCUUCCAGGAUGUGUUGAGCUGGAUGUGCUCAGCCACUGAGUUUGACGAGCUGCCUGUCCGACACAACGAAGACUUGAUCAAUGUAGAGUUGGCUCGCAACCUCCCGCUCUCAGUCGAAUCCAUGGGUGAUCUUCCCCUCUGGGAUCCCCAUGUCAAGGCCUUCUUAUUACUCCAGGCCUAUAUGUCACGGAUCGACCUCCCCAUAACCGAUUACGUCGGUGAUCAAACCUCCGUCCUCGACCAAGGAAUCCGUAUCAUCCAAGCCUCGAUCGACGUCAUGGCUGAGCUAGGCUACCUCAACGCCUGUCACAUGUUCAUGUCCCUCCUGCAAUGCAUCAAAUCCGCCAGAUGGCCCGAAGAGUCGCCCCUCUCCAUCCUCCCAGGCGUCAACCCAGGAGACAAGCAAUCCGCCCUCCCAACCUCCCUCACUGCAUUCCUAUCUCUACCCGCAAAAUCCGUCGACUCUCUUCAGCGAAAACUCAACCUCCCAGCGCAGUUCACAAAGGCUACAUCCUACCUACCCCACCUCUCACUCUCACUUUCCACCGUAUCCCCAACCGGCAUAACCGUCUCCCUGACCCGCAAAAACGCACCCAAGGACAAGGAAAUCCGGAUCUACGCCCCGCGUUUCCCCAAACCCCAGACAGAAGGCUACUUCAUGCUCGUCUACAGCGCCACCCCCGACGGCAAAGACGCCGAGCUCCUCGCCCUGAAACGUGUGUCCUGGCCAUCCAAUCGCAAUGGAUUCGGAUCUGGAGCCGGAUCCAGCAGGAGAAUCAACGACAGAAGCAACAACCAGAAGUCUGGAUCGCUUGUCGUUCGCUCAUCUGUCAAGUUCCCCCAGAACCAAGCCGGACAGAGCAGACGCGUUACCGUGAAGGUAAUUAGUGAUUCCUAUCCAGGCAUGGAAUGGAUAUUGUCUGAUGUGGUGAUAAAUGCGAAUGCGGAUACGGGUGCGGUAUCUGAGACGCAGACUUUGCCCGAGUCGUCCACGUUCCCUGAGAAGGGUUGAUGGUGUAUUUCUGGUUAGGAUUAACCCCACGGAAGCAUUCUACAAUCGUUGUACAUAGACUUCAGUUAUAGGUAUAGAUGCAUUGGAUAUCUAAGAUCGAA